UUCCUCACCAGUAAAAUGUGUAUUUUUUUUUUUAAAUCACAGUUCACUGAGACAUUUUUGACGGAGAGGGACAAACCGUCCAAAUGGAGUGGAAUUCCUCAGCUGCUCCUUAAGCUCUAUGCAACCAGCCACCUUCACAGUGACUUCGUUGAGUGUCAAAACAUCCUCAAGGAAAUUUCUCCUCUUCUCUCCAUGGAGGCUAUGGCAUUUGUUACUGAAGAGAGGAAACUUACCCAAGAAACCACUUAUCCAAAUACAUAUAUUUUUGACUUGUUUGGAGGUGUUGAUCUCCUUGUAGAAAUUCUUAUGAGGCCUACAGUCUCUCUUCGGGGACAGAAACUGAAAAUAAGUGAUGAAAUGUCCAAGGACUGUUUGAGCAUCCUGUAUAAUACCUGUGUGUGUACGGAAGGAGUUACAAAGCGUUUGGCAGAAAAGAAUGACUUUGUGAUCUUCCUGUUUACACUGAUGACGAGUAAGAAGACAUUCUUACAAACAGCAACCCUCAUUGAAGAUAUUUUGGGUGUUAAAAAGGAAAUGAUCCGGCUAGAUGAAGUCCCCAAUCUGAGUUCCUUGGUAUCCAAUUUCGAUCAACAGCAGCUUGCUAAUUUCUGCCGGAUUCUGGCUGUCACCAUUUCAGAGAUGGAUACAGGGAAUGAUGACAAGCACACACUUCUUGCCAAAAAUGCUCAGCAGAAGAAGAGCUUGAGCUUAGGGCCUUCUGCAGCUGAAAUCAACCAAGCGGCCCUUCUCAGCAUCCCUGGCUUUGUUGAGCGGCUUUGCAAGCUGGCAACUCGAAAGGUAUCAGAGUCCACGGGCACAGCCAGCUUCCUUCAGGAGUUGGAGGAGUGGUACACAUGGCUCGACAAUGCUUUGGUGCUAGAUGCUCUGAUGCGAGUGGCUAAUGAGGAAUCAGAGCACAGUCAAGGGGCUUCUGAGGAGAACGGCCUGCCUCACACUUCAGCUCGGACGCAGUUGCCCCAGUCCAUGAAGAUUAUGCACGAGAUCAUGUACAAACUGGAAGUGCUCUAUGUCCUCUGUGUGCUGCUGAUGGGGCGUCAGCGAAACCAGGUUCACAGGAUGAUCGCAGAGUUCAAGCUGAUCCCGGGGCUUAAUAACUUGUUUGACAAGCUGAUUUGGAGGAAGCAUUCAGCAUCUGCCCUUGUCCUCCAUGGUCACAACCAGAACUGCGACUGUAGCCCGGACAUCACCUUGAAGAUACAGUUUCUGAGGCUUCUCCAGAGUUUCAGCGACCACCACGAGAACAAGUACCUCCUGCUCAACAACCAGGAGCUGAAUGAACUCAGUGCCAUCUCUCUCAAGGCCAACAUCCCCGAGGUGGAAGCCGUCCUCAACACUGACAGGAGUUUGGUGUGUGAUGGGAAGAGGGGCUUAUUAACUCGUCUGCUGCAGGUCAUGAAAAAGGAGCCAGCUGAGUCAUCUUUCAGGUUUUGGCAAGCCCGGGCUGUGGAGAGUUUCCUCCGAGGGACCACCUCCUAUGCAGACCAGAUGUACCUUCUGGAGCACAUCUUGUACUGCAUCGUGGACAGCGAGUGCAAGUCCAGGGAUGUGCUGCAGAGCUACUUCGACCUCCUGGGGGAGCUAAUGAAGUUCAAUGUUGAUGCAUUCAAGAGAUUCAAUAAGUACAUCAACACUGAUGCAAAGUUCCAGGUGUUCCUGAAGCAGAUCAACAGCUCGCUGGUGGACUCCAACAUGCUGGUGCGCUGCGUCACUUUGUCACUGGACCGAUUUGAGAAUCAGGUGGACAUGAAAGUUGCCGAGGUCCUGUCCGAGUGCCGCCUGCUCGCCUACAUAUCCCAGGUGCCCACGCAGAUGUCCUUCCUCUUCCGCCUCAUCAACAUCAUCCACGUGCAGACGCUGACACAGGAGAACGUCAGUUGCCUCAACACCAGCCUAGUGAUCCUGAUGCUGGCCCGACGGAAAGAGCGGCUGCCCCUGUACCUGCGGCUGCUUCAGCGGAUGGAGCACAACAAGAAGUAUCCCGGCUUCCUGCUCAACAACUUCCACAACCUGCUGCGCUUCUGGCAGCAGCACUACCUGCACAAGGACAAGGACAGCACCUGCCUGGAGAACAGCUCCUGCAUCAGCUUCUCAUACUGGAAAGAGACCGUGUCCAUCCUGUUGAACCCAGACCGCCAAUCACCCUCUGCCCUUGUCAGCUACAUGGAGGAGCCCUACAUGGACAUAGACAGGGACUUCACUGAGGAGUGACCUUGGGCCAGGCAGUCCCUGGGAGGCUGCUGGGCCAGGGCCAGUGCGGGUGAGCGUGGGUAUGAGUGCCAUACGCCCUGCCAUGUCUCCACCCCUCCCCUGCCUUCCUGCUGCUCUCUGCCUGCCCCAGGUCUUCAGAUACAGGCUUGGUGGGAGUGUCUAGAAGCCCUUGGGUCUGAGGGCCCAAGGUCAUUGGGGAACCUUAGUUCCUUCAAGAUCCCCAUGAUGAGGACAGGGGCACUAUGCCCACCCUUCCUUCACAAACUUGGGGCCCUGGCCCACUCAGAGGUAAGGGGACUUUUAAAAAUAGUUCUGUCUGAGCUCCUGCCCAGUCUCUUGGCCAUCAGUCCUGGGUUGGGGAGGGAGGUAUAGGACCCUCCCCCAAUCUGUGAGCCAAGCUUGCCCUGGGCUUUGGACCCAGGCUUCUGAGCCCUGGGCAGGGGUGGGGGAUACCAGAGAAUGCUACCUUUCCCCAAGCCUGCCCAUCUGUCCCUCCCUCGUUUUCCUUUAGUUACUCUGGUUCUGUGUGCUCUUUGGCCACUGUGUUCGUCCCAAGGGGUGUCCCCAGAAGGGAGGGACCUUUCCCUUCCAUCCCUUGGGACAUGGGGUGGCUGUGUCUUGCCCCCUUAUGCCCCAGGGCAGCAUCUCCUACCUGAGCCCAGACACAUAGGAGCCUGCCUGGGAGCAGAGCCUUGGCCCCUCCUUGUGUUGCCAAUUUAUUAACAACAAAUAAACCGAUUAAAUGGAGACUAUUAAAGAACUUUAUUUUAAA